AAUAAGCCUUCUAGUAGAUAUCACAAAGGAGUGGAACAGAGGAAGAGCAGAAGAUCGCAUUCAAAUCUGGAAUCCACUUCAGGUUUGUUGUCAAAAAUGGGAAACUCUGUGGGAUCACUGGCCAUGAAUAAGAAGGAUACUCAGAAGAUACCAGGGGAGAGACAUGCACAAGAAGCAAGAGAAAGUGGAAAAUAUUGUGUUGAGAAGAGGAUCAUUGGCGAUUCGAAAGCUGGUCUUACUACUGAAAAGCAGGAGUACAGCGACAUUUUUCUCCUUCGUUCAAGAAGACAGUCCCGAAGCACUCUUUCCAGUGAGCCUCAGUCACUGGAUGAUAACACGAGUAGGGUAGCAAGGGAAGCUAACGGUUUCAAUAGCUCUUUAGGAUUGAGAUCUCAAACACCUCGUUCCUGUCCACUCUCUAUCGACCUAGAGAGAUAUUCUGAAGAUGUGAUGUUGCCUCUUGGUACUGAUCAUUCAGGUAAAAAGGAACGGUUUGGUGGGAGAAGGCAUUCAAAGACAGCUUCGAGGAUAUUUGAUCAAGAAAUACGUGAAGUUGAAUCCAGAAAGGAGAGACACCAUUCACCAAGCAAGCGGUUUAGUUUUAGCUUCGGUCGUCUCAGCAGAAGUUUCAGCGUGAAAGAGGAUUCAGCUGUCCAACCUUUGACUUCUUCUGAGGAUACCAUCAAGUCUAGCUUAAUGAGAUUCGAUGGUUCUGUUUGUCCAUCUCAGUCAAGUAACUCGGAGAACCAGAACACUCAUUGCAGAUCAUCUCGAGUUAGUCCUCUAAGACCGCUUCUUGACCCUUUACGGAAACCCAAAGGCUCUGAGAAUGUUCUUUCAGCGAAAGCAAGAUCGAGUUCUUCCAAUUCAAACCCAACCAAGAGCGACACAUCGAGAACCAGAGCUCUUUUUCAGCUAACGAUCAGAAACGGUGUACCUCUGUUUCAGUUUGUGGUCGAUGAUAACAACAGCAACACCAGGAGCAUUCUUGGGGGUUCAAUGAAAAGCUCAUCGCUCAAAGAUGAUUCUGUUCAGUACUGUACAUUCUACUCUGUUAAUGAAGUCAAGAAGAAAAAAAGCGGAAGCUGGCUAAUACAUGGACACAAAGAGAAACACUGUGGGUUUGUCUACAAUGUAAUCGGUCAAAUGCGGCUGAGCAACCCCAUGAGCUCAGAUAUAACUGAGCAGAACUUGAAAAACAUAUCUUCUAUCAUCAGAGAAUCUGUUCUGUUUGAUGAGACAGAGCAAGUAAAAGGGAGAAAAGAGGUUGCAGCUGUAGUGAUCAAAAAGAAGCUGGUAGAAGAAAACUGUAUCGGCCUCGGCGAAACUAGUGUGAUCAUUCCAGGUGGCGUUCACACUUUCCCGGAGAAAGGAGCACCAUCACCGUUGAUUAGCCGGUGGAGAUCUGGAGGGGUAUGCGACUGCGGUGGCUGGGAUGUUGGAUGUAAACUCCAUGUCCUCUCUAACAAAUCACCUCUCCAUGAGUUCAACCAAGGCUUCAAACUGUUCGAUCAGGAAGUGAACGAACAAGAGUCAGGUCCGGCUUUGGCGAUGACGGAGCUGAAGACAGGGAUCUACAGUGUGGAGUUUGGUUCGUUUGUAUCACCGUUGCAAGCUUUUUUUGUGUGCGUGACGGUCAUAACAUGUGCUGCCGAGGCAAAAACCACCGUAAAAGCUUCAUCUCCUUUGGCUCCGCCUCUAUCUCCUGUUAGUAGAGUCUAAACUCAGGACACAAACAGAGUAUCUAAUAUGGUUGAUUUAGUCUCGUCAUAAUUGCCCAACUUGUCCUUCUUGUUUUGUCUCGUGGAAAAAAAAAAAAAAGAAGUCUAAAUCACAGAGAAUACACUUACCACUCACUAGAUAAUAGAUUCAUGAAAUAUUUACGUAAUGUUCCAUUUGUUU